AUGAAAGCGAACACAGCUGCAGUCGGCGCGAGCGCAGAGAUGYCACAAAGCGGCAUGCAACAGCGAMGACAWCAACAUCAGCAUCACUUGYCACAGCCGCUAAAGCUCAUAUUGGYGUUAGUCAUCAUCAUUUGCUUGCAAGUUCCAGGAACAAAUUGCUUUCAAAGAUUCUCAGAACAGCCAAAGUAUUCCGAAGUGAAUCCGGGUCAGGACGCCUUACUAACAUGCAAAGUAAUCGAUAAGCGUGGCAGUUGCUCAUGGCAGAAGGAUAACAAGCCUGUUGGCAUAUAUGCGAAAAAAUACGAAUGGGCCGCACGACCUUCCAGCAGCAGUGGCGGUAAUUUACAUCUUGACCUACACCCGCCGCCUAUGCAAAUCGGUGGCGAUUGUUCCUUAUGGAUACGUUCGGCGACGCUAGACUUCGAUGAUGGCUUGUGGGAAUGCCAAGUGACGGCGAGUGAUUUUACAACACAAGAUGCACUCACCAGCCAGCCAGUGCGACUGGUUGUCAGAGUGGUGCCACAACGUCCACGCCUGGAGUAUGAGGGCGCACAUGUUCCACCCGGACAUAAUAUUACCAUCGACUCGGGUGCUCUGGCGACCGUUAAAUGCGUAUCGCACUAUGGCAAUCCGCCAGCCACACUCAAAUGGUAUCUUGGUGACCAAGAAAUUCAACCGAUUCAUCCGCAAAUCAACAAUACCGAACCGGAUAAUCCGCGCACCUGGUCGGCAACGUCAGUUGUUCAAGUGACGGCGAUGCGUGAACGCCAUGGCGACAUUUUGCGCUGUCUGGCCUAUCAUGAAUCUUAUACGGCGAAAUCUGUGCCGGUUGAGGCACGUUUGGAUGUAAAAUAUGCGCCAACCAUUCGUCUAAUUGGCUCACCGGAAAUCGACUUAGAGGAGGAUAAGGAUGCGCUUAUCCUGCGUUGCGUUGCCGAUGCCAAUCCACCGGCAAGUAUUGUGUGGCGGCGUGCGGGUCGUUCGGAAAUCGCCAGCUUGCAGGAAACACUGCAACUGCGUCCAGUAGGCCGUCGUGAUGCCGGACUCUACACAUGUCAAGCCCAAAACUCGGUGGGCACCUCAGAGCAGCUCUCCGUACAGUUGGACGUUAAAUAUCCACCUAAAAUAGUAUCGGCCGGACCGGAUCGACUGACUACAGCACCAUUAUUCAGUCCAGCCGCAUUUGAGUGCGUCGCCGAAGGCAAUCCGAUGCCCAGCUAUAAAUGGGUGCAGCGAAUAGCGCAUGGUUCCAAGUUCGUGGAACGUGGCAGUGAGCCACGCCUUGUUAUUGACAAUGUCACCUACGACUAUCAGGGUGAAUAUGAAUGCCGCGCCACCAAUUAUAUCAAUGGACAGGAGCGCGUUGCUGUCUCCGAACCAAUUUCGCUGCAAGUUGUGGGUGCACCGCAAGUACUACGCCCACAUCCAUCGAUGCACACAAUAUCGGUAAAGCGUGGCCAGCCGGCCGUUAUGUCACUGGUGGUCUGUGCAGAUCCACGACCACAUCGAGUCUCAUGGGAGUGGGGCUCAUUACGCCUGGAAGCUGGUUCGGGCAUUGACCGCUUUCGCGCCGACGAUAUGUUGCAGGAUUCACGCGAGGAUUGCUAUCUCUCCACUUUGCAUAUUCUACGCACGGAUGAGCACGAUUCGCGUCCCUACUAUCUAGUUGUGGAGAAUGAGCGCGGCACCGAUCGGCAUGCCAUUCAUUUGAAUGUGGAGGGUACGUUUACAGAACCACUGGAGAUGAGCUAUUUGCUCGGCAUCGCUGGCGGCUGCCUAGCCGCCAUACUCAUAUUAAUCUGUCUCUGCAUUUAUGCGGUGCGCAGCAAAAAAUGCUGCUUCAAAGGUAGUUCCGGCUAUAAAUCAUCAGAUAAAGACAGUGAGAAAGCCGAUUUGAAAUCACGUUCGGACAGUACCAGUGGUCCACAGGGUGAUUCGAUAUAUACCACGCCGGCUGGUUUUCAUCAUCAUCAGCAACAGCAACAGCAACAACAGUUGCAACAGCAUCACCAACAAGCGCAACAACAACAACAACAGCAACAGCAUCAUCAUUUACAAACCGCACACGGAUCACCGGAGGCAAUGAAGUUAAAUAAUUUACAAAUUGCAAAUGAGAAUGACGAAAGUGAGCCCGAGGCGUUGAAUAUUGCCACUACAGCUACAAUAAACGCUCUCAAAGCAAUUGAUAGCACUCAAUCAAUUAAUGAUGUGGUUCCAACARCUAAAAUAACUAACAGCACGCAUAUCGUCAGUGAUGUGAAUGCCGUUGUCGAAUCUAGUGCUAUUGAAUAUCAUGCAAAUACAAUAACAACAACAGCUGUGAUUUAUACGCUACCCACACCUGCGCAACCAUCAUUGGCGGCGAACUUACGCCCGUUUAAUCCGCACUCCACUGCAGCGCCACAAGCCGACUCUAGCACAAAUCAAGCACSGAAUGAGACUUUUGUUUGAAAACUGAAUUAGGAUUUCUUUAAAAUUUUCAAAUUUUCAUUUAGUG